AUGAUGGAGACUUUGACACUGAUACUCGAUGAUUGUCGUAUCAAAGUAAAUAAAGAGAAACUUGCGAGUAAAAGCUGCUAUUUUGCAUCUCUCUUCUCGCAUAAUUUUAAUGAUUCUCAUAACAAGGAACAUGUUAUUAAUUAUGAUAUUCCUUUAGCUACUUUAGAGAAUUUUGUCGAAUGGAUUCACGAUGAUAUGGACCGCGUAGAAAUACAAUGUCAUUCGUUGAAGGCUUCUAUGACAAAAUUUGUGAAUAAAAAUUUUACAGAAUUACUCAGUCUGUUACAAUUGAGUGUACUGUUCGUAGUCGACGAAUUAACAAACGAUGCCAUAGAUAUUAUAGUCAUAAAUUGGUUGCUGCCAGAGAAAUUAAUCGAUAUAUGGUUAUUGGCACAAGAAUUGAAUGUAAAAGUACUACAAGAUAUUUGUCUUGCCACAUGUUUAGACCGGUUUGAGGAACUACCUUUACCUUCGCUCGUAGAACUGUCCAAAAAGAACAUUACUCUGUUGCUUCAAUAUGUUAAUGUGAGGGCUUCUAUCGAAUACUUGCAGUUUGUGAGAAAUGAAUGGAUACAGCAUCAUAUGAGGUCAGACAUUCCAGAUAUAAAAUGUGAAAGACAGCUCAAGUUCAUACAGGGCAUUGUUGUAUAUAAAAUGUACGAAUGCACAAAGAAAGAUCCAUAUUUGUACAUCUGGAACCAUAAUGUAUUUUCUAAGUGCACAGAAUUAAAACACAAACAGUGCUCAGAAAAUUCAAUAAUGGGGAUGCAAGUUGCUAGCAGAGGUUUCAACAUAUAUACAGUUGGUGGAGAAAUGGGUUUAGGGACUGGAAAAUUUAAUGAUAUUAUUUGGCGUUACUCCCUGAUAUCUAAAAAGUGGUACUAUCAAGCUAAGUUGCCAAUUCCAAGGAGACACAUGGUUGUUGCAUUUCUAAAAAAUAAAUUAACAAUAGUGGGUGGUGUGGGAAAGCAUAGGCUGAAAUUGUUUUCGGUCGAUAUCCUUGAUAUUCAUACAGGUGAAUGGAAGAAAGGUGCAAAAGUUCCUGAAAGUUUUACCGAGAUUCAGCCUUACUGCGUUAAGGACGGAAAACUGUUUUUAUUAUUGUCGACCAUUUAUAUUUAUUAUUUAGAGGGUAAUUACUGGCAGACUAUAUUGAAUUAUAGGUAUUCCUCCGUACGAGUCGACGAGUUCUUCGCGCAUGAUGCGACAUUAUUUUUGCUCACUCUUCGUUUGGGUGAACCGGUUCUGUCGAGAAUCGACAUUGUAAAAUUUACAAUGUCGACGGAUUGCAAGAAAGAAAAAUAUUUAAAACAGUAUGCAGAGCAUAAUACAUUUGCUCUACUAGCAUUAAGUCGUUCGAAGUCUACCGUUCACGAAGAUGAUUUGUAUCAAUUAAGGUACGCGGAUGUAAGCGAUAUCGGCAUAAUGUUAUUAAACGAUGGAGGCGAUGAUAAAUAUCAGUUUGUAUAUCUGAAUUCCGAGACGAGAAGAGAUUUACGAAAUUUCUCUAUUCCGAAGUCGGGAUGCUUUAAUAUCAUGGAUCCUGACACCUUGUACAAUAUUAUGUAAUUUAAUAUUUCUCUUUCAUACUUAUAUAUAAAGCAAAGUUUUUUUUUACAGAGUCAAGUGUCAUUUUUAUUUGAUUUCUUUACUUAUCUCUAUCUUCAAACGUUGCGGUGCAAACAAUAGCGAGGAAGAUAAAUACCCGAACUAUUAUAUUUGAAUCAUAUUUUAUUUAUCGUAAAUUUUGUAACGGAAGCAGUCUUCAAACAAGUAUAACACGACAGUGCGUACGAUUACAUGGAAUAAGGACGUACAUUUCGACAGUAUUAAUUAUUUUCGUACAGUCGUCCCGGCAAGACAAGAUGUUAAAAAGAUGUAAUAUAUUCGAGGAUGCUGGUUAUCCUGCCGGAACAAACCGUAAUGAUUUAUCGUUUCAAUUCUAUACCGCCGUUAUGCAUCAUUGUUUACUUAAAAUAUGGUAAUUCGUGUAUACAGCAAAGCUCGUAUUAGCGUAUAGAUCGCGCGUGCUAUCCGUGUAUUGUUCGACGCCUUAGAUUCUUCGUUCACCAUACAACGACACGUGUUUCUUGCGAUAUGAUAAGCACACAAAAAGAAAAUACAGCGUUCCAUGAUAAUUUACAUAUAGAGUAGUGCGAAUACAAUCGUUUUUCAAUUUCUCUUUUAUACACGAACCUUAUAACAACCACCCAUUCGUCGCGAUCGCUCGCGAGUCACAAAUUUUUACAGUCCGUUUUAAUAUUUUUUUCUCUGUUCUUUACCAUUUCUUUUUUUUUUUUUUUUUUCAUUUCUAAUCAUCGUUCUCCCGAUAACAUCGUAGAAGCUGAAAAGAGACGGGUUAGAAGAACGUAAAAAUCAACAGAUUUACGAAUCCCGACAUAGCUACUGGAUAAUAUAAGACGG